AUGGACAGUGAGGGAUCGGUGGAGCACCAGCCGGCGUUCUCGGGCAACAGCUCGAUCAUCGAGGCCACCACGAAGAGUGGUGAGGGGACUCCCGAUGACGCCGAGAAACGUCGACGUGAACAGUGCAUGAUCCUUGCACCGGACUUUGCCCGGAGCAGCCUGCAGUGUGCCCUGGACUUGCACGAGGUCAUUCGGGAGUCGGCUGGAUCGCGCAACAUGCUCUUCUCCCCGUUCAUGCUGUCGAGCGCCCUGAUGGCACUGUACAACGGCGCCCGAGGCCGCACGGCCGAGCAGAUCGCGCGAGCCGCCCGGCUGGGAUAUGACGAACCCCCCGUGGUGUCCUCUUGCCUGCCCCUAUGGCACUCGCUCCUGUUCCCCACGUGGCCCGACAGCAACAGACGCAACUUCGAGAUACACCACGACUGCUGCCUCGUCUACGACAAAGGGAUACGGAUCUCCGACGGUUACAGGAAGUGGCUCUCUCGCUGGUGCCGUGUCGAGGCUGAGGACUUUGCCAAUGACCCGACAGACGGCGUGGUUUUCCCCACACGCAUGACGGCGUGGAUUGGGGCACUCACUUCGUUCUCAUGCAAGACGCCAGAGGACGCCUCCUUUUGGAGCGAGGUGGUUCGCAUGAUGAGCCACACGGGACGCUUUCGUACGACCCACAGUGAGGAGAUGGGCGCCAGCUUUCUUGAGCUUCCCUAUCGCGAGCACAAGAAGACCAUGGUGAUCUUGUUGCCAGACCCUCCCAACAGCCUGCGAGACCUGGAGAGGAAGCUGAACGCCCACCACAUCCUCGCCUGUCUCGACAAGCUCGAGGACAAGGGCCCCCUGAAUGUGAGCGUGCCCAUGUUCCGCGUGAGCGACGUGAUCGACCUGAAGGAGGCGCUGCCGGCGCUCGGCGUCAACGACGCGUUCCAGCCGGACGCCGACUUUUCGACGCUGUGCGACUCGGCCGCCAGGGUCUCGUUCGCGCGUCACGUGGCCUGUGUUCCACGCUCGCGAACGUUCCACCAGCCAAACACCCAAGUGCAGUGGAGCGCAGCUGGGAGCACAUCGACGCCGCCAGCAGCGGACGAUGAUGGGGAACAGAAGGAUGAAGAGGUGAAGUUCAUUGUGGACAGACCUUUCCUGUUCCUCGUCAUGAACAGAGAGCCCAAGGCUGUUCUGUUGUUCGGCUCGGUCCGCAAGAUAUUCGCCUGGAAGUAA